CUUGGAACCCCAGUUACCCUUGAACAUUUCAAUAAUAAAGCCUAACGCAUCCAAAUUUCGAAAUCUUUUUUCAGAAACGCACACUUUUAGGUCGCUCUUUAAUUGUCUCUGCAGAUGGAUCAGAAGUCGAAUGCCAAUGCAAAUGAAAAUGGGAGCAAUGCAAUGCACCAUCUGAUCAACCAAUUGCCUACUGGGGGAGAAGGUGAUGGCGGGACGACGGGAAACCACGGCGACCGAGUGUCCGAGACGUAUGAGACGGAACUGGAACUGCAACUGGAGUUGGGUACAGCUCCAAUAACCGGGUACUAUUCCGCCGUUACACUUCGCCGACAAUUCGACGCUAACGAUCAUGGAUGACCUACAUAGGGUCAUGCAGUGCAGCUCGGAGACGACACUGCGUGAGUGCAACGAAGAGGGGGCAUCCAAUAAGUUCAACCCUGUGGAUGACGAGACGCCGACAAUGGUUUUGCAUCGCAUUGCGGAUCUGCGCCUUUUGCUUAAUGCCCAGAUGUGGAGCUGCGAUGCGAAACUGUUGAUCUUCUCGGCCGCGGCCUUUAGCGACAACUAUCGCAGUCUACUGGUCCCCAUACCACCGCUCUUCAUGGGCGAGACAGGCUACGACAUCGACCGCUUGCGUCAUUUGGUGUCUAGAUGGCCCAGUUGUCGACUCAUGCUGCACCACCUGCGCACUGGCUACCUGGAGACGAACGUUAGUGACAUUUAUCUUCUGUACUGGGUGCUCGUUUGGCAGGCACAUCCCUUCCUGUGUCGGCUACCCGUCGCCAGGUUGCGACGACUAUGCGAAACACUGCGACUACAACAUCCGGUUAAGAAGCCCAGCUCCUUUCUGAGUGUGGGCCAGGAGCGUGCACACGAGGAUGCCCAGCGAAGUGUAAAUGGCAAUGGCAACGACAACGGGCGGCAGUUCGCCUACAUGGGCUGCAAUCUAUGUGCGCUAUACCGCUUCCUGGCCAUGGGGAAACUGAUGCAGGAAGACGUCUCCGCCACGCUGAUGUUGUACGCUAAUCCGGAGCUGGCCUUGGCCCACAGCGUCGUCGUUCAAAACUGGCAGCAUUCGCGGUAUGGUUGCGCACUGCGCUGUCUGGUCAUCUGUGAGCUCCUAAUGCCCUCAAAUGUGAUGCAAGUUGGCGGCGACCAAAUGGAGUUCAUUGUAUCCAACACGGACGGCUUGUGUCCGCGCUACUUGCUCAUCUACUCUGGCGUUCCUGCCCCACUGCCGGCGGGAGCGGCCAUGCCCACAGAGUCGUUGCAAUCAGUGGCAAGUGGCGGCGGGCCACGCAAACGCAAGUACCAGCGAGAACGGAACCUUUUCGGCAUUCUCUUCGACUAUCUGGGCUCGUUAGCAGCACGUGCGAAGCGACGCCUUCUAUCCCGACAGGUAUGCUGAGCAGCGGCCAGUUUAUUUGGGAAGUAUUUGUAAUAAAAUUUAAGUUACUCUGCAUUACUUUUCAUCUUUGGCUUCAUAUUAAGCUGCUGCUAUUAUCCCUAAAUUAAUACUAUGUUGCUGUGGCAGUCCA